AUGAGGAGCUGGGACGCCGUCGUUGCCGGUCUUCUGCUUUGUGCUUGCAGUGCUCCAACAGGGGAGUCCUUCCACUUGUCUCCGUCAUCCUGCUGGACAUCAUGGUCGUCGGCCUCAUGCUCGCACAGAGGGCGAUCUGCCACCGCACCUCCUGGUGUUGCUGCCGCUACCACUCGGCGUAGCUCGAGACAUCACUCGACACGACGGUCCAGGCGAAUCAGCAGACGGAGUUCGAAGAUUCGCAUGACCGAGGAUGCAGCAACAGCAGCCACGCAACAGCAGUACACGGCUCAAGACCUCGAAGCGCUCUCCCGCAGCGAGCUCCAAGGCUUGUGCAAGAAGCUCAACCUACGAGCAGUCGGCAAGACCUCGGAGCUGCUGUCCAGAGUGCUGGAGAGCCAUGAUCAAGCUCGCGGGGACAAAGCCUCGGGCACCAAACCCCCCACCACAAAAUCGACUGCUUCUUCUUCUCCGAAAGACGAAGCGCCCAUGGGCGAGUCAACGAUGGCAGAACUGCUCUCGUCCGUUGACGAUGGCGGCAACAACACCAACAACAGCAGUGGUAGCCAGGAGAAGGCGACACCAACACCAACAGCAGCGCCAGCGGGGGCGGCCACUCCGUCGACCGAUUUCUUCCUGGAAGAUGUCCGCCCGGUGUUUGACGAGCUGUCGGACGAGCAGUGGGCGAAGGUGGGGCAGCUGGGGCAGCUCCUGACCGAGUGGAACGGCAAGAUGAACCUCAUCUCCAGGAAGGAUAUCGCCAACGUCAUGCCGCGGCACGUAGUCCCGUGUCUUGCCAUGGCCAAGGCGCUCGACUUUGAGGACGGCACUUACGUGCUGGACGUUGGCACGGGAGGAGGCCUCCCCGGCCUCCCUCUAGCGAUUUGCUUCCCGAAGGUGAAGUUCACGCUUAUCGACGGGACGGGUAAGAAGAUAAAGGCCGUGGCCGACAUGGCGGACCGGCUGGGCCUUACGAACGUGAGGACGUUUCACGUCAGGGCAGAAGAGGUCUACGAAGCGUUCGACUUUGUCAUGGGCAGGGCGGUGACCAACCUCCCGAAGUUCGUCGGCUUCAUCGACAAGAACUUGAAACCGAACGACGGCCGGACAAGCAACCCGGCCGAUAGCAACAGAAGCAGCAGCAGCAGCAACAACAGCCUCAAACGAGGCAUCUUGUACAUGAGGGGGGAGGUCUCGGAGGAGGAGCUGGCGGAGCUGGGGGCGCGGCCGUCAACGGUCAUUCCUCUCCAGCGGGUGUUGGAAGAGGCCGGGCAGGACGGGGACGUGGGUUUGGGAGGCGGUGUCGACGACAGGGGUUACUCGUCGAUAUUUCACUUUACAUCGGAGGCUAUCUGGAACAGGGUACCCAUCGCAAGUAGCGAGGGGGCUAGAGAGUGA